GGAGCUCGGUCGAAAACGAGGCACUGAUACCUUUCAAAACAAUAAAUAAGUAGUUGUUUCUCUGGUGCGAAAUGUUAGGGUGCGGAUUGCUCGAGAAAACCAUUGUUCUCGAGAAAAUCAACCACAGUAUUUGCAGACAGAAAGCUACUACUACCUAGGAACAUUAAUCAUUGGUCACCAGAUGGAGUUCUUGAAAUUUCAGAAGCUUCUGAUGAUUUUAUCAUCUUUCAUAUUGGGAAAAACAACUGCAGAAACGAAUUAUUCAGCCAACUUCACUACACUAACACCAAAUACAGGACUGCUAACAGAAUUGACUACAGGAAAUUUUAGUCACUAUCUACAGUUCAAAAACGAAAAAGUGUCAAGUGUUGUUAAGUUUGAAGUAAGAACUGGGGAAACAGUUGUUUUAGACUGUGAAGCUGAUGGGGAGAUUCCCCUUGCUAUUAAAUGGACAAAAUAUGGUAAGCCACUUCAAGAUGUUUCCUAUAGGAUGGCAGGAACAAAGGACACAUAUCUUUGGAUUCUUAAACUGAAAUGGAUACUUUUGGCUGAUGCUGGAAACUAUUCUUGUUUGGUCAAGAAUAAUCAGACAACCAUUACACGAACCUUCAUGUUAUCUGUAUCAGAAAAGAAAGAGACUUUAAAACCGAGGAUCGCAGAUUUUUCACCGCGCAAUCUCACCGUAACUGUUGGUAGCAGAGUUCACUUGCAGUGUCAUGUCGAGAGCCAGUUCAUUGACACUGCCCCAUACAUCAAGCUUGUGAAACAUCUGAAGAUUUUCAAAGGAAAUGAAACGAAUGGUACAAUAUUUUUGAACGCAAAAAAUAGCACAGUGGAUAGAGAAGCUUACAAAAAGAUCGAUAGAUUUUACGAAGUUACUGAAAAGAGAGAUUAUUUUGAGGUAAUAGAAACCAAAAAAAUAGAGAGAGCGUUUUCUUCCGAAUUGGUGUUAAAUCGUGUUGACUUGAAUGAUGACGCAACCUAUACCUGCAUAACCUUCAACGAUGUUGGAUAUUCAAAGGAGAACAUGUAUCUUCAUGUAAUUCCAGAGCCAAGGCCUUCCAUCUAUGAGCUUGCCCUCGCUUAUGCUGCCAAAUAUGGACAACCGGACACACCUCCACAGCUACCACUUUCUGUCACUGUCGCGCUGCCUAUAAGUCUGCUCGUUAUACUGACCAUUGGUUUCAUUUGGUGGAGAGAGAAUGUAAAGCGAAAGUUGGAUCAGGAAAAGAUCAGUCUUAUCAAUAUAAAAAAGCUUCGAGAACUAGACAAUUUCAGCAGUUUAGAGCACAUGGACAAGUUUUCAUCAAGGCUUGGCACAAAGCCUUCAUCAUACAUAAGUGGAGACACCCAUAGCAGAGUUGCUCUUGAUCACCAUGACGACCUUGACGAUGACGACAUCGAUGAUCGAGAACACGACCUUCUGAUCAGCAAUGGCCAUCCGUUUGUACACGUUCUUCAGCCAAAGUCAGCGUCGCCACGAGUGUCCGAGAUGAUUCCUCUUCGUGAAAUGGACAAUGCAUUGUCCGAAACGCCUGUUACUGGUCGCAGCAGUGGAUUGGAUAGCCAAUCUGAACUGGAAUGGGAGCCUGUGGAUCUGAAGCUCAAUAUAUCGUUGUCAAGAACUAGCGAACUUUCGCAAAUCCUUGAUACGUCAGCUUAAUUCUUUGUAUAGGUAUUAUAACUAAAAUUCAUUUUAUAUGAAAGAAGAGAGAUUCAAGCAGGGGAAAAUUGAUGAUGAAUGGUUAGUUGUUAAUAGCUAGUUAAAUGUUAUCAUUAGUAUAUCAGAAUGACGAGUGGGGUAAGAAUUUCAAUUCAUAAGUAAUUGCCAACACAGGCUGUCGCUUGCAUAUUUUUCAUGUCAAAGAUAUUGAAAAUGAAUGGUUGCCACAUCUCUAGCCUGGUUUUCCAUACAAAACACGAAUUUUUUUUACGUUAGGCACAAUAUAUACGCAGAAAUAUCGUUUUAGUUGCAAUAAUGUUUCAUUAGACGAAUUUUUCAUGAAAAAUAUCACUUAUUCAUAAUAGAUUAUGGUGUUUUCGGAUGAGGAUAAGGAUGUUAUAUGGUCAUAGCUGUAACGAAUCAAUCCAGAGCUGGUUGAUAGGCGAAUUUGAUGGCGUACUAAAAAUUUGCCAGGGCAGUUACAGAGUUUUCGCAGAACCAUUUCCUACCAUUUAUGAAUUGUAUAUUUUUAUGAACAUGGAUUUGUAUAUGGUAUUUUUUAACUUAAACCUGCUUGCCAGGGGGUGCCGCAUAAAACUUUGCAAAGAAGUUUGGUAAACUAGCCAUUUUUUCCAGAUUGCUAGUAUUGGAAGCAAAUUGAGACCAAAUGUUCUUCUGAUCGUGUGUGUGUGAAAGCUUCGUGUCGUGCAAAUGAAAUUUAAAUGAAAAAAUGCUUGAAAGAGACCAAAAUUUCGUAUGGCAGAAAUAAUAAAAUUCAGUUUACAUAAUUACUGCACUCGCAGUAUUUUAAUUUUGUUUAUAGUUGAAAUACGGAUAAUGUUUUGUUAAAAUUUAUAAUAGAUGUCGCAUAGUAUGAUAAAUGUUUGAAUUAAGGCUCCAUUGUAGUACCUUAUAUCACCCGAAUAAUACAGUAUUGAUGUAAAUAGAACUAUAGAUUAUAGUAUUUGAUUGCCAAUUCAUUUAAAUAUGUCUUUAAUGUGUAGCCAGUUGUGAGAGCCGGC